AUGGACCACCCUAAAGACUUCCGCUCGACGGUCCUGCAGGCGCCCUCCCGUCACGAUGACCGCGACGACGACCGUGAUCACGACCGCCGCCGCCACCGCGACAUCAUGAAUCCUACGCCUGGCAGCACGCGCCAUUCAGGCUUCAACUUGCGAUCGCCUACCCAGUCCGAGUACCAUCACCCCCCGCACUCGUCAUACUCGUCGCCCAAAGCAGCGUCGUCGACAUCCCAUGCGCUCCCGCAUCACUCCCCGCGAUCCCAUCAGUCCGGCCUGUCGCAUCCGAAUCCUUACUCGUCCUCGUCGGCAGCCGGCGGUCCGCUUGCGCCCUCGUUGCCCGCGCUCGGCGGUGCCAGCAGCAGCUCGGGAGCUGGACAUCAUCAAGCUCCGCCGUUGUCGCCGUUGCACCCCCCGAGCGGAUACUACCCGCCACCCGAGUCGCAUCAGACGCGCGAGAAACCUGCUACGAGCAGCUACUACGACCCGUUGACUGACACUACAAGAGAAAGGAGGGUGUCUGACGCAGGUUGGAACAAUAAUGCGGCCAAUGGCUCGCCCAAGAUCUUUUUAGUGGCCACACUUGGUGCUGGUGCUGGUGUUGGAGGUCGUGCUUACGCCGUCUUUGUACCCUUUGCUCCCUUUCCCCCAUCCGGAUUUUCGGAGACGAUGGUGUGGAGAGGAGGCAGCGGAGCACUUCAGGCGUGA